UUUCCAGCACUAAAAUCCAACAACCAUGGGCAAGGCAUCGCAGGCGGAACACAAGCUGUUGGACGAGCAUUCCAUGCAAGCCAGCAAACUCACUCUCGGCCAGAAGAUCUGCUACCUCGUCAACGGCGCUCUGAUUGCUGCUCUCCCAGCUUAUGCCUUCCACUCCAUCCAGCACAUCAAGCUGAGCGACAACCUGAUCUCGCACGGAAUCGCCGUCAUCCUCACCAUCGCCACCCUCUUCUUUGCCUACCACAACGUUGCCAGCGUCCAGAAGCGCAAGAUUUACAAGGUCCGUCUGUCCGCCGUCGAAGAGAGCAUGCGCUCUGGCUCCAAGACCCGCAGCCCCGACUUUGAUAAGCAGGCCGUCAAGAAGGCUAACGAGAUUGCCGCCUUUGAAUCUGUCGCCCUGUCGCUCUUCUACAACAACGCCCUGUUCGUUGCCAUUCAGAUUGUCUUUGCCUUCUACCUGUUCAAGAACUGGGAGCCGCAAAACGCUUAUGUCGGCUCGACUGUUGUUGCCUCUGGCAUCGUUGCCCUUCUUGCGACUGGCAAGUAACGGUCCCCACCAAAACUGGCAGUCUUUGACGCGUGGCUGUCGCUCUUGGUUUGUGCGUGUGUUUGCCAUCUAGUGUGUAAACGUUCCCCAGCAUAGUUUUAUUUAGAGACUCAUGAUGAUUUCGUACCGUGAUUGCAAGAUUUUUAUGAGAGAAUUCGCUUUCAGCCGCUUGACGGUUGUGUCAGGCUGAUGCGGUUGAUGGUGGAGAUGCGCGCGGUCUCAAGCCUGGAACUAGAUUAUCAGGAUACUGAUUCUGGGGCACAAUGGCCAUGGCCUUGAAGCGCUGGCCCAUGUCCGUUGGGCUGGUGAGUCGCUCUACGCCGGAUUUCAGCGUCUGGUGGUGCUCUGCCUGCCGCGGAUCACCGAGCAACCGAGCGAGUCGUUGUCCUAUCCCAAGGGCCUCCAGGAACUCGCCCUGCGGCGUGGCUGCCGUGCAGUACGCUGACAUUCAACAGCCAAAAAAAAAAAAAAAAAAAAA